AUGGCACCCGAAGCGAAAACACCCAAGAAAGAUCCCCGCGCCUGGGAUGCACUCGUGGAUUUGCCAUCCUGGAUAGAGGAUGCCGUGACUUCCAUGGGCUUCGCCCGCGCCACCCCAGUACAAGCUAGCGUAUGGCCACUCUUUGGAACGGGCAACAAGGACUGUGUCGUGGAAGCCGUGACCGGCUCCGGAAAGACUCUCAGCUUUCUCAUACCCAUCUGCCACCGCCUUCUCAGGCUGGAGGAACCUACGAAAGCUAGGCAUAUAGCAGCUAUAAUAGUAGCGCCUACGCGUGAACUCGCGACUCAGAUCCAUGGCGCGCUCACCUCGCUCAUCGCAUUCCACCCUGCGUCGGCCGAGGUGGCUCAGUACCUCUCGGGAGAAGAGAAGCGGCCGGCGACGAGCUCGCCCGUGAUCGUGCCGCAGUUGCUCUCAGGCGGCAGCACGACGACGACGGCGCAAGAUCUGAGCUUUUUCCUGCGACACUCGCCGAAUGUGAUUAUUUCCACCCCGGGCAGACUCGUGGAACUGCUGUCGUCCCCGCACGUCCACUGUCCGCAGUCGAGCUUCGAGGUUCUCGUUCUUGACGAGGCUGACAGGCUGCUGGACUUGGGUUUCAAGGGCGAGCUGCAGGGCAUACUGUCUAGACUGCCGAAGCAGAGAAGGACGGGCCUAUUCAGUGCGAGUGUGAGCGAGGCUGUGAGCGAGAUCAUACGAGUUGGUCUGAGGAACCCAGUCAAAAUCCAAGUGAAGGUCAAAAGCUUAAAGACAGGGGGCAUCGUCGAAGAGAGGAGGACACCCGCCAGCCUUCAGAUGAGCUAUCUGAUGACGCCAGCUCAUCACAAGAUACCAAGCCUAGUCCAGCUGUUAGACAAGUUGGAUCCGAGACCAAUGCGGAGUAUCGUCUUUCUCAGUUGCUGUGCAGCCGUCGACUAUUUUGCAAACAUCCUUCUUCCGCUACUGCCCGACGGGAUCCAGAUGGUGCCUUUGCAUGGGAAGCAUGACGGGAAAGUCAGAGAGAAGAAUUUCGCCCGCUUCAUGAACUCUACGGAGCCUUCUAUUCUUCUUACGACCGACGUGGCGUCCAGAGGACUCGACUUCCCCCAGGUCGAUUUGGUGGUGCAAAUAGACGCACCGUCGGACCCCAAGUCGUUUCUACACAGAUGUGGACGUGCGGGACGCGCGGGCCGGAAGGGGCUCAGCGUCAUUUUUCUCCAGCCAAGCGAGGAGGACUACAUACCUUUCCUUGAUGUUAGAAAGACACCCAUAACGCCGUUGACUCAUCCGGAGAUCUCGGUAGGAGAUUCCGAAGCGGACGAGGUCACGCGGAGAAUAAGAAGCAUCGUGAAGAGCGAUCGAGCCUUAUUCGACAAGGGCCAGAGGGCCUUCGUUAGCUGGGUGCGAAGCUACAGCAAACACACGGCAAGCUCCAUCUUCCGGAUGUCCGACCUAGACUGGACAUCUCUAGGCAACGCCUGGGGCCUCCUGCGGCUCCCCAAGAUGCCCGAGCUGCGCACCUUCGACGGCGACCGGCUCCUCGGCAACGGCGCCCUGAUGGACUGGGACGCGUACGCGUACAAGGACCGGGCGCGCGAGAAGCAGCGCCAGGCCGCGCUGGCCGAGGCGCGCAACCCUGACCCCAACAAGGCGGCCGCGCAGAGCGAGCAGGUCGAGGCGCACAGGGCGAAGCGCAAGCGCAACGCCGAGGCCUGGAGCGCCAAGCACGAGCACGAGGACACGCGCUCGGCGCGCCGCGAUAAGAAGCAGCGCAAGCGCGAGGCGGAGCGGCACAGAAAGCUGACGGAGGAGGAGAAGGUCGAGGAGAUGGACCUUGAGCGCAUGCUGGCCGAGGUGAGAAGGAAGAACGCGGAGAAGUAUGGGGCGAAAGCGGAUGGGGGAGGUGGAGGGAAUGAUGAGUUUGAGGGUUUUGACUAG